ACUCACUUUAGUCGGUUCUACUGAGUGCCCCGCCUCCUUGCUCUUUUGGACAAUGCGACAUUCCACAGACUGAGGAAUAGAAAAAAUUCCCCAGUCAAAUUGGGGACUUCUAGUGCAAGAGGCUAGCAAGCAUCGCUUGGAAUUUCCUACAAUCUCAGCUCCACUUUAUCCCUUGUCCCCUCCCUUUUAGCCUUGUUUUUGUCACGUGGGGGCUCUCUCUGGCCAAUACGAGGAGGAGCCUUGGUUUCUUUGGCUCCCCAUCUUAGCUGCUCAGGUUUCUCACGUUGCUGUGGGUUAGGGAGGGGGAAAAAGUUUUCUGGGGGAGGGAGCGAGCUUCGGAGCGCGUAGAAGCUCGGAGUGCAACUUUGUAGCCCUCGGAGGUUCCGUCUUCUCUUUGCUGCCUGCAGUCCAGAGACAUGAACGGCGUUCGUUCUUUGGAAUAAAAGAAGAAAGUUUGAGUGAGUGGGGUGCGUGUGUGUGUGGACUCUCGCGGGCGCAAGAGUUGUUGCUGAGUCCGUGGCGUGUGUGUGUGUGUGUGUGUGUGUGUGUGUGUGUGUGUGUUUGUGUGUACUAGUGUGAUUGUGGGGAGGGGGCUGCUGAAGCUCCGGGCCAAGCGGCACAGGGAGCCCCCGCGAUGAGCCACUCGAGGCUCCGCGCUGCCGCCGCGCUGGGGAUGGGGCUGCUGCUCCCCACUCUGUUGGGCUUUGUGGGCUCGGCCGCGGGACAGAGCAGCAGCAAGAGGGGCGGCGGGCACCCACCCACCAGUGCCUCCACCUCCCCGCGGUGUCCCUCUCCCUGCCGAUGCCUACGGGACCUGCUAGACUGCAGCCGCAAGAGACUGACCAGGCUCCCGGAGCCUCUCCCGCCCUGGGUAGUGCAGCUGGACUUAAGUCACAACAAAUUGUCUUUAAUCAAAGCAAGUUCUCUGAGUCACCUCCAGAGACUUCAAGAAGUGAAACUGAACAACAAUGAAUUGGAGACCAUACCGAAUCUGGGACCAGCCACAGCAAAUAUCACCCUUCUGUCCCUGGCCAAUAAUAAAAUCACUGAAAUUUUACCUGAACAACUAAAACCAUUUCAAUCACUGGAAACUUUAGAUCUGAGCAGCAACAAUAUUUCAGAACUCAAAACUACAUUUCCUUCUCUACAGCUCAAAUAUCUGUAUAUAAAUAGCAACCCAAUCAGAUCCAUGGAAGCUGGUUCCUUUGACAAUUUGGCUAACACUCUUCAGGUGCUGAAACUGAAUAGGAACAAAAUCUCAACUAUUCCCCCAAAGAUGUUUAAACUGCCUCAUCUGCAACAUCUGGAACUGAAUCGCAAUAAGAUUAGAAAAGUGGAUGGACUCACCUUCCAAGGACUGGGUGCUCUGAAAUCACUAAAAAUGCAAAGAAAUGGAAUAAACAAACUUAUGGAUGGAGCUUUCUGGGGACUUAGCAAUAUGGAGAUCUUGCAGCUGGACCAUAACAACCUGACAGAGAUCACCAAAGGCUGGCUUUAUGGCUUGCUGAUGUUGCAGGAGCUCCAUCUCAGCCAAAAUGCUAUUCACAGGAUCAGCUCUGAUGCCUGGGAAUUCUGCCAGAAACUCAGUGAGCUUGACCUGACUUUCAAUCACUUAGCAAGGUUAGAUGAUUCAAGUUUCGUUGGCUUAAGCUUACUAAAUACUCUCCACAUUGGAAACAACAAAGUCAGCUACAUUGCUGAUUGUGCCUUCCGGGGGCUUUCCAGUUUACAGACAUUAGAUCUAAAAAACAAUGAAAUCUCAUGGACCAUUGAAGAUAUGAAUGGUGCUUUCUCAGGACUUGACAAACUUCGUAGGCUGUUACUCCAAGGAAAUCGGAUUAGAUCUAUUACCAAAAAAGCAUUUUCUGGCUUAGAUGCUCUGGAACACCUAGACCUGAGCAAUAAUGCUAUCAUGUCCUUACAAGGAAACACAUUUUCACAAAUGAAGAAACUUCAAGAAUUGCAUUUAAAUACAUCAAGUCUUCUGUGUGAUUGCCAGCUCAAGUGGCUUCCCCAAUGGGUGGCAGAAAACAACUUUCAGACUUCAGUUAAUGCCAGUUGUGCCCAUCCCCAGCAGCUAAAAGGAAGAAGUAUUUUUGCUGUGAGUCCAGAUGGCUUUGUCUGUGAUGAUUUUCCUAAACCUCAGAUCACAGUCCAGCCAGAGACCCAGUCGGCAAUAAAAGGCUCCAACUUGAGUUUUAUCUGCUCUGCUGCUAGCAGCAGUGACUCCCCAAUGACAUUUGCCUGGAAAAAAGAUAAUGAACUACUCCAUGAUGCUGAAAUGGAAAAUUAUGCACACCUGCGGGCCCAGGGAGGUGAAGUAAUGGAGUACACUACAAUUCUUCGGCUGCGCAAUGUCCAAUUUACCACUGAAGGGAAAUACCAAUGUGUCAUUUCUAAUCACUUUGGUUCAUCAUACUCUGUCAAAGCCAAGCUAACUGUAAAUAUGCUUCCUUCAUUUACAAAGAUACCCAUGGACCUUACAGUCCGAUCUGGAGCAAUGGCCCGUCUAGAAUGUGCUGCUAUUGGCCACCCAGCACCACAGAUUGCCUGGCAGAAAGAUGGCGGCACAGACUUUCCAGCAGCUCGGGAGAGACGUAUGCAUGUUAUGCCAGAGGAUGAUGUGUUCUUUAUUGUGGAUGUGAAAAUAGAGGACGUUGGUGUUUAUAGCUGUACUGCCCAAAAUAGUGCUGGGAGUAUAUCAGCAAAUGCAACACUGACUGUCUUGGAAACUCCAUCAUUUUUGCGGCCAUUAUUAGAUCGAACUGUGACCAAAGGGGAGACUGCUGUCUUACAGUGCAUUGCCGGUGGUAGCCCUCCACCCAAGUUGAACUGGACUAAAGAUGACAGUCCUCUAAUUGUAACAGAACGGCAUUUUUUUGCUGCGGGAAAUCAACUGCUGAUCAUCGUGGACACAGAUGUGGAGGAUGCUGGGAAGUACACUUGUAAAAUGUCUAACACACUUGGAACUGAAAGAGGGAAUGUUCGUCUUAGUGUGAUUCCCACUCCCACCUGUGAUUCUCCCCAGAAUGCUGCCCCAUCAUUAGACGAUGAUGGAUGGGCCACCGUGGGAGUUGUGAUCAUAGCAGUGGUUUGCUGUGUGGUGGGCACUUCCUUAGUGUGGGUGGUCAUCAUAUACCACACAAGGAGGAGAAAUGAAGAUUGCAGCAUUACAAACACAGAUGAAACAAAUCUACCAGCUGAUAUCCCAAGUUAUUUGUCAUCCCAGGGAACAUUAGCUGAAAGACAGGAUGGGUACGGCUCAUCAGAAAAUGGAAGCCAUCACCAAUUUAUCACAUCUUCAGGGGGUGGCUUUCUUUUACAACGUGACAGCAAUGGUGCUUGUCAUAUGGAUAAUAGCAGUGAGACAGAUGUGGAAGGUGUCACAGACCCAUUCUUAUGCCACUACCUUGGAACAACAGGCACUGGGUAUCUGAAGGGGACUGUAUAUGGCUCUGAUUCUUUUGAUACUUACCACCCAGGUUGCAGCUCGGACCCAAGAACUGCUUGCUUAGAUCAUUAUGAGUCUACUUACAUAAAGAAAAAAGAGUGCUACCCAUGUUCACAAACAUCAGAGGAAUCCUGUGACCAAAAUAUGAGUAGUGUUGGAAUGCUAUCUCCCAUGAGUAAAUUGGUCAACUCUCUCUACAUUCCAAAUGAAGGAUCUGGGAUCAAGAGCUUGUCUCAGAACAACAAUACUGUGGAUUUUAAUGCAAUCCAAGAACCAUCAUCUACUGCACCCAGUAAUGGUUUUAUGGGAACAUUUGGGAAGCCUCUUGGGAAGCCUCAACUGGAUGCUUUUUCAAGCUGUGGACAGCCAAAAACUUUACAUAUGAACUCUCAUGACUCCCAAGACUUUUCCUCUGAAUUAGAAGGAGAUGGGAGAGAGAGGACAGUUUUUCAAGGAGAAAAUCACACACAUACUUAUAAACAGGUCUCGGAAGGCUAUAGGACUCCUACUUUUCAGUCUUACGACCUGGACACAUAGCUGCACUAGUACUAUUGAGUGGAACCAAAGAAAUCUUCUAACAUACUACCUCAAGGAGACUUUUAUUUAAAAGAAAGAAAAUCCUAUGACUUUAAAGGAAACUGAAUUUUUAAAGGAUACCCCAAAAUGCCUAUUUAUACAAAUUUUUAAAACUGCCAAAAAUGUUAUAAAAUUUUAUACAGGGAAUAACUUGCAUAUAAGAAUAUCAUUUAAAACUAUUUUAUAGCUUUGUUUUAUGCAAAAUUGUAUCUUUUGUAAAUUAAUGGUAUAAAUAUCAUGACUAUUUUAUGUAUUUUUAUAAUGCCAGAUUUCUUUUUUUAUUGAAAAUGAGUACUAAAGCCUUUUUAAAAAUAGCACAGUCUUAUCCCUUGUUGGAAUGGAGGUGGCUCAAUAGGUUUUCCAUGCAGGACAUGUAAUUGUGUGGGUCCACGUGGGCCCAAAGUCCAUGCAGAUAAAAAGAAAUAGAAAUUAGUGUACAAAAUUUGGUUUUUAGCUUAAAUCUUUGGAACUCAUGCUUACCAGUUUUUAUUCCAAAUAUUUUCCACCUCACAAAUGAAUGAAUAUUAUAUCUGCUACAUUAAUGAGUCUCUAAAUGUACAUGAUAGAGGUUUGUUGAUGAAGGGUGUGUAGUAAGACAGCAGAAAUGGCCAAAAGCACUUUGCUAUCUCAUCGAUGCAUUUAUGCCACAGUUUAAGCUGUACCCCAACACCUUGCAUUAUACAGUUUUUUACUUUUACAAAAGCACUUUUACAUUCAUCAUCCUAUUACAUCUAGAGGACAGUGGUCAUGUGUUGCAUUUCUUUCUCUUUCUUCCCCAUUUUACAGAUGAGAAAACUGAGGCAGACAGAAUUUAAGUGAUUUGCCCAGGGUCACACUAGGAAGUGUAUGAAAUCAGAUUAGAAUUCAACUCUGCCUAACUCCAGGCCCAAUAAUUUAUCAGUGCUGUGUCCCCUAGUUCCCUCUUCUAAAGGAAUAAGGUAUCUCUCAAAUGAGAUGUCUUAUCUGAAUGAUUCUACACUUACACAUCCACCAUAGUGUUCUUCCAACUAUCAGAAGAUUUAGUCAAGAAAUCAAUAAAAAUGGUCCAUUUAAAAUAUUUGGUUUCUAUCAUUGGGGCUGGAGUCAGGAGACCCAUCUU